UUUGUCAUUGAAUUAUAUAAUUUAAACUAGUAUUUUAUAUUGAAGUAAAAAUUUUAAAUAUUGGACUAUUGGAAAUCAUCUGAUGCACUCACCAUCACCAUCCAGUUCAGAUUAAGUAGAUAAAUAUAGAUAUGAUCAGAAUGGUAAUUUGCGAUUAUGGUGUUCUCUCUGUUAAAUCUGGUCACACACAGAUGGAAUUCUGCAUGAUAUAUUAUCCGGAAUAUGCCAGCUUACCAAAAACAAUAGACGAAGACAAGUACGAGUCUCUCUAUUACGCUUCGACACUAAACACCUGUGACAAUUCAUCUUCGGAAGGAGACACAAAAUUUGAAGAUCAUGCGGUUUUGGUCCAGAUACAGAACUGUAGUUUAUUCAAUCAGGCCGAAGUUAUCAAAAAUGGUGGCGGGCUCGCCCUGCUGACGUACGGUUCGGCGGAGAUGUUGGUCAAAGAAGAUCCUCCAAACAAACUCGAUAUUCCAGUUGUCUGGAUAACAAAUAGAACUUCCGAGAAAUUACAGGAUCUGUUACCCGAUGCAAAAGUGUUCUUAUAUUCGCCACCGAGUUCAAAUUUCGAUUACAGUCUUUUGAUUAUAUGGAUUUUUGCCGUGUUUUCGGUGGUGGUCGGAUCUUACUGGUCGGGAGUGGUUCGGCAUUCGUUACACUUGAAAGAAAUGAGCAAGCUUCCAAAAGCAGAAAAUAAUUCUGAGAGUGUGCAACAGUCCUCCCAGUCAUCCACCGAGGGAGAGGAGAGUUCGCUCAAUGUUUCUCCGCUAAUCAUUGUCGUCUUUGUGAUUUGCAUGGGAUUAAUGCUUGUUCUUCUCUACUUCUGUUUUAAUUAUUUAGUUUAUAUCAUCAUUGGAUUAUUUGUUCUGGCUUCCGCCAUCUCCGUUUAUCAAAAUUUAAAUGCGCUGAUGCAAAAGGUUCCCGUCGGAACUUGCCUUUUCUUCCAAUGUUCCGCACUUGGCACCAAGUGGAGCUGUCAGGUGCGACAGAUGGUUCUGGCAUGCGCGGCUCUAGCCCUCUCCCUGACCUGGCUGGUGUUGAGAAAAGAAAGCUACUCUUGGAUUCUUCAAGAUCUAUUGGGAAUUUCAUUUUGCAUAAAUUUGUUACAAUCAAUUAGACUUCCAAAUCUGCAGAUAUGCACAAUUUUGUUAGUGUUGCUCUUUUUCUACGACAUCUUUUUCGUCUUCGUCACUCCCCUGUUAACUGUGAAAGGAGAGAGCGUCAUGGUAGAAGUUGCAACGGGUGGUACUUCCGGUGAACAGAUCCCGAUGGUGCUGAAGGUGCCGCACCUGACUUUCAACGGUCUGAGCGUUUGUCGUUACCUGAACUACUCGCUCCUGGGAUUCGGAGACAUCCUGGUUCCGGGUCUGCUGAUCGCCUACUGCCACGGAUUCGACCUGAUCGCCGACACCGGAAGAGUUUACUUCGCGCUGUCCUCCGUGGCCUACGGCUCGGGCCUGCUGGUCACCUUCGUGGCCCUGUACCUGAUGAACACGCCGCAACCGGCCCUUCUGUACCUGGUUCCGGCCACCUUGCUCCCCCUCCUGUUGGCGGGAUGGUUCCGAGGAGACCUGCGCCGGCUGUGGUGGGGAAUAAAGAGAACCGGUCGGGAGCUGGCCAGCUCGCCGGAAGUGGAAACUCCCUCCUUGCCGGAAGUCACCGAGGAAGCGGCGGAGGACGCCGAACUGUUGAAGUGAGUCCCGCCGGGGGCGGGAAGAGAGAGACAGAAGGAUAUUUUUGUACUUAAAAGGCCCGUCCGCCGCCGUCUGUCCAUAUCGCGCUUCCGGUUCUUUGGCCGGCGGCGGGCGUGUCUCGGUCUGUAGCGUGGAAUAAAGGAAACUUUUUGUA